AUGUACAGCAGCAAAAAUCAUAGCAAUCGGUGGCAAUGGGGCCUUUGGAUUAUUGGUUGUCUAUUGGCAGCAGCAACUCCCAACGAGGCGCGUCAGAUACGCAUUAAUCGGUACUCCGCCAGCGUGCAGGAGGACGAAGCGGCUGUUCCGGCUACAGUUAGAGAGGUGCAGCCCACGCCUUAUCCAGCAGCGGGCUAUAGACCAGCAGGACGUGCUUUCUGGCUGCCUGGCGAAGCGGACUCUGCAGCUGCUCCAGAGCAAAGUAACGUAUCCGGCUGGCAAUUGGCCGAAACGACAGAGCAACCACUGGAUGUGACCAGCACCACAACAGACGCGACACUCGAAUGGAGCACCACGACAACAGAUGUGACCCCAGAAGCAGAGGUGGAGACCACGACCACGAGCACUGAAGCGCCAGUGUUGGAUUCACGUGCCGGACGCGCCUAUGUGAGAGCACCCUAUCCUCCAGCUGGCUUCAGACCCAGUCGGGCCUUUAGGCUGCCCACCGAAUUGGAUCAAUCAGAGGCGGCCAGCGGCAAUGACAGCGUCCCAGCCACUGACAACAGUAAGAAUCCCGUGUGUGGUGUCAGCACCAAUCCUCUGAAGCCUACACCCGAACCUCAGACCGGCCCGGAACCCGAUUCAGAGAGCGUGCUGUUCACAGCCAAUGUGGGACCGGCUGUCCUUGUUGCCCGUGCGCCGAACCGAAUCCCGGUCGCUAUUCCUCUACGUUCCCAACGAUUAAUCGCAGCACCACCGACUCGAGGCUUCGCAUAUGCCACGCAUGUGGAGCAACGUUGGUGA